GGAGAUAGAGCGUAACCCCGCCUUAGGACCCGGUGACCCCGCCCAUGAGCCCGAGCUGGGGAAUAUAGUUUGGAGUUUGCGUAGUCCUCAAAACGGGGAUGGAGGGGGGAGGAAGAGGAAGAACGAAAAUGUGGGUGCCUUGCAAAUAGUUGGGAGAGCUCUAGGUUUAGAAAAGUGGCCGUAUUGGUGUGUCUUCCAGCCAUUCCGUUCACAAAAGUGCAGCUUUUGGACCGAAAUACAUUUACUAGAGAAUCGAAUCUACCUCUGUGACGAAGCGAUAGUUCAGAGAUCAGAAGGGAGUCUCUUAGGAUGGACAUUGAAAUUAAGGUUUUGAUAGUAUGCGAAUCUUGACUGCUCGGUAACCUGGUCAAUGUGGUUGAAGGAAAAGAGGGGAAGUGUGGCCUUAAUCCACACCUGAAGUGUGGCAUUUAGUGAGCAGCCUCAGAACUUAGUUUUAAUUGGUUACGGUGAGAGGCGUGGCCUCAGACAUAGACUAUGAUUGGUCGAUAACGGAAUACGGUUGCAGGAUUCUUGAAUGAGGGUUGGGUUAGUCGGAAAUGUGGCCGCCUCAAAUUCCUGGUUAUACAGGGACCGGAAGAGUAGCUGUCACACAUUUGGCACGGAGAACCCCGAAAGCAUCUAGAUAUUUUGACUCCCUACAGAUUUGACGACGGUAUUUGAUCUGAGUGGAAUUGUAGUCUCCGGCCAGAUUCUUCUAUUUUCCUACAGAAAAGGCUAAUGGCGGACUCGAAGUUGCUGGUGCCAGAGCUAAACGAAGCAGAGACAAUGGGCGCUGAGACGGCGCGUUUCGAGGAGCUGCUGUUGCAGGCCUCCAAGGAGCUCCAGCAAGCCCAGACAAGCAGACCAGAAUCAACACAGAUCCAACCUCAACCUGGCUUCUGCAUAAAGACGAACUCAUCCCAAGGGAAGGUUUUCAUCAACAUCUGUCACUCUCCCUCUAUCCCUCCUCCGGCUGAUGUGACUGAGGAUGAGCUGCUUCAAAUGCUGGAGGAGGACCAAGCUGCGUUUCGCAUCCCCAUGAGUCUGGGAGAACCUCAUGCCGAACUGGAUGCAAAAGGCCAGGGUUGUACCGCCUACGACGUAGCUGUCAACAGCGACUUCUACCGGAGGAUGCAGAACAGUGAUUUCUUGCGAGAGCUCGUAAUCACCGUCGCCAGGGAGGGCCUUGAGGACAAAUACAGCUUGCAGCUGAAUCCAGAGUGGCGCAUAUUGAAGAACCGGCCUUUUCUGGGCUCCAUCUCCCAGCAAAAUAUCCGCUCCAAGCAGCGUCCUCAGAUCCAGGAGUUGGGAAACCUGUAUACUGCCGAUUCCCCGAGACCUGAGGAAGGCCCUGAGAAGCCUCACCUGAACCUUUGGCUGGAAGCCCCUGACCUCCUCUUGGCUGAAAUUGACCUCCCCAAACUGGAUGGAGCUCUGGGGCUGUCGUUGGAGAUUGGGGAGAACCACCUGGUGAUGGGGGACCACCAGCAGCUGUACCAUCUGGAUACCUAUAUCCCCCUUCGGAUCAACUCUGAGGAAAGCAAAGCGGCCUUCCAUCGGAAGAGAAGGCAAUUGAUGGUGGCGAUGCCUCUUCUGUCGGUGCCUUCUUGACCCAGUGUCUCCUCGUGCUUCCAAGCGGGGAGAAGAGGCUGGUGGCUUCUCUAAAAUUGAAAUAAAAGAUUUUUACCUUU